GAGCAUCCGCUCCUUGCGGUUUCUAACCUCAACUUUCAUUCAUUCUGUUUUCUAACAAGAUGGUGGAAGUGUUAAAUUAAGUAAUUUUUUCAAGAAAUUACGAAAUUCCAAGGGAUGUGUGUGGUAUAAAUAUUAAAUAUAUGUGUUUAUAAUUAUAUUAUGAAAUCGAAUCUAAAAUUUUAAUUUACUUCAAGCUAAACGUUAAUUUAUUAGCAAAUUGCUGAUAAGGAGUUUAUUACUGAGUUUACUAUAUUUAUUAUUUGAAAUUUUGUCUUAUUAACAAAAUGUCUUCAUUACUAUGCAAGAACUCUGUUGUAAGGAUAUACCAAGAAGUAAUUGACGACGUAAUAGCUGGAGUAAGGGAGCAUUUCCUAGAAGAUGGAGUCGAUGAAGUGGUCCUUCAAGAAUUGAAACAAACAUGGGAAACAAAACUGUUGAGCACCAAAGCGGUUCAGGAAGAACCGGUGGAAAAGAAGAAAAUGGAACAUGUUGCUAGUAAUGGUUUUCCUAAAGUUGUAAAUAAUACUAUUACACAAACUAAUACUCAGCAAUCUAUUCAGCAACAACCUCCACAAUUACAACCCCCUCUGCAACACCUUGAUAAAUUAGUUCCAAUCCAAAUUACUCUGCCCCCACAACCUGGCUCAGAUGGUAGCCAAAGGAUUCUCACAAUUCAAGUGCCAGGUUCAGCCUUACAAGGAAAUCAACUACAAAAGGUUCUUACGGGACCAGUGAUUACUGCUACAAUGGGCUUACCAGCUAACAUUGCGUCGUCGUUAUUGCAGCAACACGUUAAUGCUGCUUUUAACAGUCAACAGCAAGCUGCCACUGUGGCUAUUGUAAAUAAACACGUAAUUCAGACUGAUGGCGCGGCCGACCAAGAGGGAGAAUCUUCGCAACAAAAUGAGCUCAUUAAUGAAAGAAUUAGGACUGAUAAAGAAUUAGAAGAAAUUAUUCAAGAGGGGAUUAGUAUAGAAAUUAUUAUGCCUAGGAAUAGGAAGAAAGCUAAAAGCAUACAAAAACAAGCAAAGUGCGGAGCUCUUUGCCAAAUUGACGGACCACACGAUACCUCAGAUGAUGAUGAAGAUGGCUCAGAUGAUGAUAACGACGACGAUGAUUUAGAUGAUGAUAAGGACGAGGAUGACCAAGAAAUGGAGGACGAAGGGGGAGAAGAGGAACCGUUGAAUUCUGAAGAUGACGUCACUGAUGACGACCCAUCAGAUUUGUUCGAUACGGACAACAUAGUCGUUUGCCAAUAUGAUAAAAUCAUCAGGAACAGGAACAGAUGGAAAUUUUAUCUCAAAGACGGUAUCAUGAAUCUCAGUGGAUCCGAUUAUGUUUUCCAAAAAGCGACUGGUGAUGCUGAAUGGUAGAUUUUUUAGUCAUCUAGAUUAUUAUUUAAUUUUGUUUUGAGUUUAUUGAAUUUAUUACAGCGGACAGAUAGUAAUGCCUGUUUCAAUAAGAGGAUAUAACGUUUAAAUAUAUUAAAAGUAUAUUUGUUCCAAAAUAUAUUGGUUAUUAGUUACUAAUAUGAUCAUAGUAAAUUAUGUGUUUUCAUUGUUUAGCCAUUUUUAGGUUGUUCUGGGCAUUUAUACAGGGCGUUUGUUUUUUUACUUUGAUUUAACGUUGCUGUUUUGAAAACUAUAAAAGAUGGUGUGGUUGGUUAACAGGCAAGAAACGUUCGAACGGGGUUCUUCUUCUUCUUUAGUUUUGUAUGGGCUCAAUCUUCGUAAGGGGUUAAUAAAGCAAUGAAAACUAGUUUUACCCUUUAUGAAUUAUACAGUGAAAACCAAAAGUCGUAUUUAUAAUAAUUAUAAUUUUUUAAUAUUGUAAGUAGGAAAUAUUGUACAGUUUUCACGCUAUGUAAUUAUUAUUUGACAUACAUGCCUUUCAGAGGUCAGUAAUCGUAUAUUAUCCCUCUAAAAAAUUGCAUCAUAGCUUCUAGUAGGUGGUCUAAAUUCUAUAACUUGGUUUAUUAACUGUUUAUUUUUGAAAAUAUGAGACUAGUUUGCAUUUUAAAAGGUUUUAUGUAUUAUGAUCACAGAAAAAGUAUAGUACAUGACUCCCAUUAUAUAGCAAUUACGCUCUC